GUGAUGCAACUCAGUGAAAUUUAAUGUCUGAAGCAAGAUUUCCUUCUUUGCAGUCUGGCUGGGCUUGCUUUUAUGUUUUCGUCCAGCAUCUUGCUACAGAUCUUGGCCUGCGCAUUGUACAAUAAUUGGUGGCCAAUGCUAUCAGCUCUAAUGUACAUUUUGGUGCCCAUGCCUUGUCUAUUUUUUGGAGGCGGGUCAACUCAGUUUUUGAUCAGUCGAGAUGGUGGAGGCUGGAUUGACGCUGCUAAAUUUUUGACCGGAGCAUCGGCUGUUGGAAGCUUUGCUAUUCCUAUUAUCCUCAGACACGCUGAUCUGAUUAACACGGGAGCUAUGUUCAUCGAGUUUACAUCUUUCAUCAUAUUUGUCUUCACAGUAAUGUGCUUUCACCGUGCCAGCCUUGAUGAUGAGUGGUGAUAAAUCCUGAUGCCAGACUGAAUAGAUCAAAUGCGAGACUCUGAUGUGCAGUUGGAAAAAUAUACAAAAUUCUAUACCCUGUAAAUCUUUGUCGGAAUAUGCUCAGUUGGCGAUUUGAACAGUUAACUUUUGCUCUGUGAUAUGAGCCUCUGUUCUUGUUGGUGUGUUUUAGUGAUGCUGAGUCACUCUGCAUAAAGCUUCUUCAACACUAAAAUCAAAAUAUAGUCAUUUAGUGAUUCUGAUGUGAUUA